GAGAAAAAUUUAUCGGCAAUCUAAUCAUUCGUCAAAUUCUUACCAACAUUUCACUUUGACAUCUUUCCACUUACAACUUUUUACCUCCACUUUAGUACGGUAUCUUCUUUCUGACCCUCAAUAUUCGUCACUGGGGCCGCAAAUAUGUUGAGAACAGCUACUGCGAGAGAGCAGGAAGACCACAGAACUCAUCUACAUCGAGUCGCAUCCUCAAACUUACCCGUCGUACCUCGAAAGCCAUGGGAAUAUUACGUCGCGAUUUUACAACCUGGAAUUUCUUUGGAGAAAUGUGAGCAUGGAGAUUUUUUAUGGAUAAAAGUUAAAGGGACUGUCACGAUCGAAAAAAUUCUGACAUCACACUUCAAGAGAACCGGUCGAAAUUCUAUUCUCAUGGAUGGAGAUGUCGGGUUAUCAAUUGAUACCAAGAUCGAGGAUAUAAAAUGCUUGGGACUUGGAGUAUAUGCAUUUUGGGAGAUUGUCAAGGUUGAGAAAUGGUGGGAGUAUAAAGUCUCGUCGACAUGUGUUGAUGGAAGAACGAGGCCGGCGAAUAAAGAAAUAUGUGGGAGAAUUCUGGAGAACACCGUUGCUUCAGCUAUGGCACAUGAGAAAAUAGGGUUAAUUGAACCCAGGAGCUUCUUUCAAAAUACAUCGGCCAAACCCCAUUCGAUGGUCAAGAAGGAGGAAUCUGGAAGCUUGUUCAAGAAGACAGUUACUUCCACCUUGACGGCAUAUGAAGAUAUGAGGGCAAUUAAGUUCAAAAAUAAGACGAAUCCACGACCGAGUGAAAGGAAAGAAGAAAAGCCUUGGAGUUGGGAAACUAGUGUCCCAUUAAUCGUAGAUAAUACGCCAGGAUCAAGACGAAAACAAACUCCCAGAGAGCUUUUGAAGAAUACCUCAAGCAUGAUACCCUCAUAUAAAUCGAAAGAAGAGAAAUCCGAAGAGCGAUCAGAAGCUACACCAACCGAGACAGCAUCAUAUGUUAUAAUAGCAGGACAGAAACGGAAAAGGGCAAGAGUGACGAAAGAAGAGACAUCGAAAAGAGAGUUAGCUCAAGAGGAUAGAGCUGAGAUUAUCAAACGUAGAAGGAUGGAGCUGGAAUUAGAAGCUACUGCCGACAAUACCAUCAAGCAAACGAGAACAGAGUUAGACAAAAAGUUGGAUCUUAUGAAGUUAAAAAACAAAAAAUCACCGGCAAUUGACUUGCUUAUUAAACCUUUUGCAGAAAAUACAAAAUUGGAUUUAAAACGACACGACGACUAUGUAGCCAAACGACGAAAUAAUAUGGAAGCGAAUUCCCACGGACUCGGAAAAUUAGAGUUAAAGAACAUUCUUCAACGAUUCGAAAUUUCGUGGGAACGACAAAGGCAGGAUAUCGUUAACAGAGAUCCACAGUUCAAACAACGAGUCAGGUCUGAGCCUCAGAAGUCGACAGAAAUCAUUACAUCAAGCGAUCAAUGCCACGGCUCCCUUGAAUCAAUUUUCAAAGAGAGAGAAAUCCACCUUGACCUUGAAGCUAUUCAAAGGCAACUCGACAUCGCAAAACGGGAACAUCCACAAUCAAAUUUUACUCUUCGCUAUUCUCGUGAUACCGUUCGCUUGGAGUGCGCACACUGUCCUGAUAUCGAUAUUCGAAUGGGGCUGAAAGACUUUCGAGAUGUUGCUGGCAUAGUAAAAAGACACCAGGCAUCAAAGUAUCAUAUGGAUAAUCGAUAUAAUGAAGCUCAGAGAAUUUGUGGCGCUCAACAGCCGAAAAAUAAAAUCUAGGUCGAAUCUAAAGCAGUUCUGCGAGCCGAUAUCCAGUCACUGAGAUUUUGAUUCAGAAUAGACUUUCAAUUGAAACAUAUGGCAACGAUUGUUGUCAGCGUAGGAUCUAGAUAGGCCAUUUGUUUGAAUGGCAAAAGUUCGGAAAGGCAUAUGAUAGCAUCUAGAACAAGUUGAAGGAGCACACUCUGAUUUAUGACUAUCAGAUGGGGGCCCAGACACAAUGGUAGAUGUGAAUUUAGAAGGCACGGAACGGGUGAAGGGUCA